GCCAAAUUCCUUAAUGCCAUUCAAGCUGCGCGUUCUGGUGCUGAAAAUUGCAAUGGCUGUUCGAGCUACUUGAUAGAAAUAUCACGCAAUGGCGCCCGAAGGGACGACCAACGGCACCUCCUCGGCUGCUCCAGCUGCAAAUGCCAUGGCGGGGUUGCAACCGCUAGACCCCGAGGAGUUCCGGCGGCAUGCGCAUCAGAUGGUGGACUUUGUAGCUGACUACUAUAAAGGCAUCGAAUCUUUUCCUGUCAGGAGCGAAGUGAAGCCUGGCUACCUGCGCCCACUUUUGCCAGAUGUCGCCCCUGAGCAAGCAGAAUCACUGGACAGCAUUCUGGAAGACGUGCGCUCCCACAUUCUCCCCGGUGUGACCCACUGGCAGAGCCCCAACUUCUACGCCUACUUCCCCUCCAACAGCAGCACCGCGGGCUAUCUAGGCGAGAUGCUCAGUGGCGCAAUCAACAUCGUCGGUUUCCAUUGGCUGGCUUCUCCGGCAGCGACUGAGCUGGAGAUGCUGAUGCUGGACUGGGUGGGCCGGCUGCUGAACCUCCCGGAGGCGUUCCUGCAUACAGGUGGAACCGGGGGCGGAGUGAUCCAGGGGACUGCCAGCGAGGCAGUCUUGGUCGCCCUUCUCGCGGCUCGCCAGAAGUGGGUGGCGAAGUUGACACAAGGCGGGGACAUCAGUCAGUCGGAGGCCCUGUCGAAGCUGGUGGUGUAUACGUCGGACCAGGCGCACUCUUGCGUGCAAAAGGCGUGCAUGGUCGCCGGCAUCGAGAAGAAGAACUGGCGCUUCCUGAAGACCAGCUUUGACACCAACUUCGCGAUCGACCCCGCGGUCUUCGAGGAGGCCGUCAAGAAAGACCUCGAAGCGGGGCUCGUCCCGGCCUUCCUCUGCGCUACAGUCGGCACAACGUCUUCGACCGCAAUUGACCCCCUGAAGGCGCUCGGUACAAUUACCCAGGAGCACGGCAUGUGGAUGCACGUGGACGCGGCAUAUGCCGGCCCCGCGUGCAUAUGCCCGGAGCUGCGGCACCACUUGGACGGCGUCGAACUGGUGGACUCGUUCUGCAUGAACGCGCACAAGUGGAUGCUGACCAACUUCGACUGCUCCUUGCUUUGGGUUAAGGAUUCGAAGCCGCUGCUAGAUGCGUUGUCCCUGCAACCAGAGUACCUGCGCAACGCGGCGUCCGAAGCGAGCCUGGUGGUGGAUUUCAAGGACUGGCAGCUGCCGCUGGGGCGCCGCUUCCGCUCCCUCAAGCUGUGGCUGGUCAUGCGCCUGUACGGAGCGAACGGUAUCCGGGCAUACCUCCGGAAGCACAUCCAGCUGGCGGCCGAGUUCGAGGAACUAGUACGGGCCGACGAGCGCUACGAGGUUCUGGUCCCCCGGACGUUUGCUCUGCUCUGCUUCCGGGCGAAGCCGCCCGCAGGCGACCCGGACAACGGCCGCACGCUGAACGCGACGCUCCUCGAGAACGUCAACAAGACGGGCAAGCUCUUCUUCACGCACACGGUUUUGGACGGGGUCUACACGCUCCGUUUCUGUGUUGGAAACUCGCGUACCGAACGGGAGCACGUCCUUGCUGCUUGGGACGUCAUCAAUCAAGAGGCAGAGAAGUUGCUGAAGGGUUCAGCUUGACGACUGUUUUGCACUUGAUUAACCAGUUUUUGAGAGUAACGUUGAGCUCAUCGAGGACUUUCUGCAAAAGAGCCUAGACCACAAUUGGGGCUAAAGGAGGGACUUGUACGAAAGUUUAUUGGAUGUUGAAUACCGUAGUGCUCACCUUGAUUUGAUUACCUGUCCGAUUUCACGCGGGCAAUGAAGAGCAUGUGGUCCCAAUGGAUCGAGCGUGCAAUCAAGGAACGACUCGGGUGCAUUUCCCUCCGUUUGCAGCUUCUAUUAUGCAAC